AUGGUCCCAACUACUACCAAAACCUUCACAUUAAAACAAUCUGCAGUAACCGACGUUAACUUGAACCUUGGUGAAGAAAGUUCCACUUUCGAACUUUCCACCACCCCAAUUAGAGAACUUCGUGCAGAUGAAAUUCUCGUUAAGACCCUUUACCUUUCAAAUGAUCCCACGCAAAGAUCUUGGAUUCAAAAGGGCAUGGAUCCCAAAAGAAUGUACGUGCCUCUUGUGUUACCAGGCCAGGUGAUGAGAUCGACUGGAUUGGGGCAAGUUGUCAAAUCCACCAAUAAGAACUUCAAAGUUGGUGAUUUUGUAAGCUGUAGCUUAGGAUGGCAAGAAUACUCCAUCGUUAAGAAGGAUGGGAUCUUUAACAAGAUCCCACCUUCCAAAUUACCCUUGACUUUAUUUAUUGACACCAUUGGUUUGACUGGGUUGACAGCGUACUUUGGGUUACUUGAUGUUGCUCAAUUGAAGGCAACCGAUACAAUUGUCAUUUCUGCAGCAUCUGGAGCAACUGGAUCAGUCUGUGUCCAAAUCGCUAAGAAUGUCAUUGGGUGUAAAAGAGUGAUUGGAAUUUCCGGUGGCCCUGAAAAGUGUAAGUUUGUGGAGUCAAUUGGUGCUGAUGCGUGCGUUGAUUAUAAAAGUAAAACAUUCAGUAAAGAUUUAGCCAAGGCAAUUGCUGGGGACUCUACCGACGAAGGUUCCAAUUAUGCUGACGUUUAUUUUGAUGGUGUCGGUGGACAUAUUUUAGAUAAAAUGCUCACCUUGGUUAAACCUCAUGGAACCAUUAUUGCAUGUGGUGCCAUCGCAGGUUACAACGAUUACAGUAAGUCCUUCAUCAAAAACUGGGCUCAAAUCAUCACCAAUAGAUUGAACGUAAAGGGUUUUAUUAUCCUUGAUUACGCCAAGGAUUUCUCGAAGGGCGUCAAGGAUAUCUUGAGAUGGAUACAAGAAGGGAAGAUCAAAGUUGGUGAGGACACAUUCACUUUAAUUGAUCUUGGUAAAGAAAAAGAUGGAUUCAAGAAGAUUCCUCAAGCUUGGGGUAUAUUAUUUUCCGACACUAAGGGUCCUGGUAAGCUUUUAACCAAGUUGUAA